CAGCCGCAAGCUUAAGCGUGGUCAUCUCACCAGCCAGGAGACACCAUCGUUUCAUCAAGAUCUCUUUCGAUUGAUCCUGACGUAGUUUGGGAAGUUAACCACACUGUAGCGGCCGAUUCAGUUCAUUUACGCGUGGGUCUGACGAUAUUUCGAUUGCAGUAGGAGGGUAGUAGAACUCUCAAUAUGAUUAGGAUGCUGCUGCCCCUGGCCUUUCUCCUGGUCCUGACGCAUCAGGCAGGAGUGCUCGUAGGGGCUCAGCUGGCCAUCAGCGUCACAACUUUCGGUCCGCCCCAUGCCGAUGGGACUCCCAACACCUUCAUCGGCACCGGCAGCCAAAUUGCCAGCUCUUUGCUGGGUUCUACGACGAAGGCAUUAAUGUGGGGCGUGGUCUCAUCCAGUGACGUCAAUGCCGUCUGCGAUCAAAUCGUAAGCACGGGCGCUCUGACCUUCAGCGCGACACUGACUGCUACCACCGGCGAAACCGAAACUCUUCAGCAAACGAUCACGCACGUCGGCGGGUGUCGAGCGGCGGCUGACGGGUCAGGAACCCAAGCGGUCAUGGUUGACAACAAUGGCCGCCAGAGCGCAGUGGUGUGCCCCAACAACGCAGGGUCAACGGGCUGCGGGAUAUACCUUACAGGCCCAGAUGUGACAGCAUUGUAUAACCAAGGAGCUCGGCGUCGGCUGCUGGCGCGGAAUCUCCUAGCCCGGAAACUUCUGCAAGGAGACAACUGCCAAACGGGCGCCGCCAAGGGGGCAUUGACAGGAGCGAUAACGUCGAUGGAAGCCUGCAUUCCGUUCCUCGGCCCAUUGUAUCCCUUCUGUAUGGCGGGGGUCAUUGGCGUCGCCACCGCCGGUGGAGCUGCAGUAGGUUGCGCAGAAGCCAACGGCUGCUUCCCAGGUGAUGCUACGGUGCUCUUAGCGGGCGGCGAGGUCAAGCCCAUGACUAGUCUGGCUUUGGGCGACAAGGUGGCGGUGAGAAGGCACGAUGGUGGUCUGGAUUACGAGGAUAUCUACGCUUUCGGGCACAAGGAUGCUUUAGCAGCUGCAAACUACGUCCAGCUGAGCUUGAAACCCGUGGGUGCCAACAUGUCCGACCCUGCGCUUGAAAGCACCAAACUGGAGCUCACCCCUCUGCAUUUCACUGUAAUCUUAUCUGGGUCUGAGAUCACUUACAAGCGCGCCCAGGACGUGAGAGUGGGGGACAUGAUGUGGGCUCAAGCUUCAACUCAUGCUGCGGAAUUAAGCCCGUACCUCGUGACCGACAUAUCCACCGUAGAGAAGCAGGGGCUGUACAAUCCGUUUACUCUCGGGGGCACCAUAAUCGUGAACGGCGUCGCAGCAUCUGCGCACAGUGAGUGGUUUCUGGAUGGUGCUUUCGACGCGUUGGGACUGACUCACUGGAUACCGAGCGCCUACCAAAUGGUUCUGGCCCCGAUGAGACUGGCGUACUACGGGCUGGGUAAGCAGGCGUACCUCGACCUCUACCUUCGACUGGACGCUCUGGUAGAUGUGGCCCAAUUCGGCACCAAGUUUGGAGGUCCUGUGGUGACCGCGGCCGCCGGCCUUGGCUCCAGCAUCAUCGCCGCUCUGUUGAUUUUCAAGUCCUCCCGCCCAAAGACCGCCUAGGCUGCAGGAAUACGCAAUCCUGGCUGCGAUGUGCGAGGGAGGGGCGAUCGUUCUGGUGGAGCGGGCCUGAGCUGAAGUUGUGAGAUUUGUUUACAGUGCCUUUGUUUUUUUAUUUUAUUUAUUUUUUCUCAAGUAGAAUGGCAUCUUCGGCACCCAGAAACCAUUAAAGUCACCUCAUGAUCACUGAUCUGCAGCUCCACCCACCUCUAUGCUCCCUCAAGCGUCUCCCAAUGUAGGACCUUGGCCAGGAUCAUGACUAGCGUGAUUGUAGUAUCAAUGUUUUAGCGAAUUUAGUUCGUCCGGUUCCUUGAUAUUUUAUUGUUAGUUGUGGGUCUUGAUUCUUUGUUAGAUUGGUCAAAUCCCAAAAAUAAAAUACAUUGACUUCAUGGCAGGUAGCUGAAAUUUUCUAAGGAAACCUUCAGGCCUCCAAAGUUGAUUUUUCACUUCAA